AAACCGCACCGCCCGCACCGCGAACAGCCCCAGCGCCAUUAGCUCGACAUUACGAUUAACUCGAUUAACAUUACGAUUAACUCGAUUCCCGGUUCUCCCUCUCUCAGGCACUGCUCUCGCUUUCUCAAUUUCCCCAUAGAACUAUAUAUUGCUCGUCGCUUUUUUCUAAUCGAGCACCACCUCGAAAAAUUGUCGUCUUCAAGGAGAAAAGGGGGCACAAAUUCUUCUUGUCCCAGACUUAGUUGAUUUUCUCCAAUCAGCGCUCAACAAGAAGCUAUGGGAGUUAUAGAGGAUGGAUCUAUCUCAGGAUUUUUACCUAGUACUAAGCUAUUUGCAGUUCACUACCCUGGUUACCCUUCAUCAGUUACACGAGCUGUGGAAACGCUUGGUGGGACUGAUGGUAUUGUCAAGGCACGUAGUUCACAACCAAACAAGUUAGAGCUUCGUUAUCGUCCUGAAGAUCCAUAUUCACAUCCUGCCUUUGGAGAAAUUUACCACUGUAAUAGUUUUCUGCUCAAAAUAUCAAAAGGAGCUGGGGAAACUUUAAGUCAAGACCCCGAAAUUAGCUUCCCAGAAUCCUCAGAAACAGAACAUAUUGUUCAACUUAGAACUGAGCCAGUUUCUACUUCUGCAACCGUUAAAUCACUGGCAUCCGAAGAAGUUCAAGGAAAUAUUUGUGCUGAAAUUGUUGCUCAAGUCUCGGAAUCUUAUCAUUUUAAUGGAAUGGCAGACUACCAACAUGUUCUUGCUGUUCAUGCUGAUGUUUCACGGAGGAAGAAGAGAAAUUGGGCAGAUGUGGACCCACAAUUUGAGAAGCGUGGUCUUUUGGAUGUCGAUCAAGAAGAUCUGAUGAUAUUAGUCCCGCCACUUUUCUCGCCUAAAGAUAUGCCGGAGAAAUUAGUUUUAAAACCAUCAAUGGAAGUGACUUUGAAGCAGAAGCAAGAGACAGUUGUACAACACCGCUGGGAGAUGGAAAUAGAGCCAGGUCUUGCCUUGGACUUCAACAGUGAUGUUCCGAGAAAGGCAAUUUGGGAAAAAUACUUGGCAAAAAGUUCAGAGCAGUGGCUGUGGCAGACUGCUGUAUGUAAUUUGUUUGAUGAACGUCCUAUAUGGAAAAAAGAAUCACUUGCUGAGCAGUUACAUGAUAAAGGACUGAUUAUUGGAGACAACAUGCUUAGAAGGCUUCUUUACCGAGCAGCUUAUUAUUUUUCCAAUGGACCAUUUCUUAGGUUUUACAUCAGAAGAGGAUAUGAUCCUCGUAAAGAUGUAGAAUCACGAGUAUAUCAAAGGAUAGAUUUUCGAGUGCCACCAUCGUUAAGAAGCUAUUGUGAUGCCAACGCAACGCUGAAGCAUAGAUGGAGUGAUAUACGUUCCUUUCAGGUUUUUCCAUACAAAUGUCAAACUUCAUUGCAACUUUAUGAACUUUCUGAUGAUUACAUACAGAAAGAAAUCAGAAAUGCUUCAGCCCAACCAACUUGCAGUUUGGCCACUGGAUGGUUCUCGUCACGUGUGCUUGAUACAUUGAGGUUCCGAGUUGCAGUUAGGUUUUUGGAAAUUUAUCCUAAAGAGGGGGCAGAAUUGUUACUUAAAAAUGCCUCUACCCGAUUCGAGAAGUCAAGGAAGAUGCAGUUUAUUGUAAAAGAUCAGAGAUCCAAUGACGGUUGUAAAGAAGUUGAAAAAGAAGGUAUUGAUGAUGAAGAAAAGGAAUUAAAUGACGGUGACGAGGACGAAGAUGAGGAAGAAUACGAUGAUGAUGAAAUCGAAGAUGACAUAGCUGAAGACGAGUUCAAUACAUAUGAUGAACUUGACUUGGCCGGCGACUCUUCUCUGCAACCAUCUUCAUAUACAGGCCAGCAGAACAUUUCAAAGAACUAUUUGCAGGAGCUCUUUGGUAGUUUUCCAAUUAGUGAUGCUGGUGGCAGUGUAUUGGCAGACACUGCUAAUAGCGAUGAUGAGUACCCGAUAUAUGAACAAUAUAGUGAUAUAAAUUACUCGACUGAUGAUGAAUACUGAAUAUUCAUACACUGAAGUGUUUCUGUCGAGGCGUAUUUCUCAUCUUUAACAUGGGAGUUUCUACUGAAGACCUUAAUACCAUCUAUACGUGUAUACGAGAUCUUGACAAGCCUGCUGAUACUGUAGACGGUUUACAGCAAGUCAGCCCCUGGACUUGAUCAAUACAAAGCUUGAUAUGGCAUUCGGCAUUAAUGUUAUUUAUCUUGUCUAAAAUUGCUGGUGACAAAUAUAAAAACUAGUAUAAUUUGUAGUUUUUCUUGUUCUCAAUAGCAACUUUAACUUUACUCGGUUUAUACGCGAA